UGAAAUGCGGAAGUACAUUUGUUUUGGCUGAACAAGCUUGUUCGCAUAUUUCUACAAUUAAUCUUCUUAAAAUCGGAUUUUAAACCUAACCAAACUGCUAAUUUAAUGCCCCAACCUUAAAUUAAGACCAACAAGCUUCUUUUUCCCCAUUAAUUUUUACGAUAUAUCCAUUUUUACUUUGUGGCUGUGUUAUCUAGUGGGAACCUCUAGUUAGCUAGCUAGCUACCCUCUGGCUAAAGUGUACUGCAAUUUUGCAUAAAAAGUUGAUUGAUUAUCCAAGUACUAGUUUGAAAAAUAUGCACCGGGCAUCAAAAUGAUCUCCUGCAUAGUUUUAAAAGGUAUGAUUCAGAGGUUCAAGAGUUUUACUCCUGAGUUCAGGCUCACGAGUGGGAUUGUUUCUGUCAUUAUAGUAUCAUUUGUUUUGUUUAUUGUCACUACAUUUUUCGGUUUAUCAGAGGAUGUCUUCAGUCUUGGAAUGACAGUUUUUGGCAAUGGUCAUGUGCACAAGCUCAUCACAUACUCCUUCCACCACAAGACAGUGACCCAGCUACUCCUCAGUAUUGGGGUUCUGGGGCCUCUCUGUGGUGGCAUUGAGAAGAGUGUGGGCACUGUUCGGUUCCUCUUCAUGUUUCUGCUGCUCUCUAUCAGCACAGGGGUGUUGUACAGCAUACUGGGUCUGCUACUGUUUGGUGCAUCUGCCCAGAACCAGGUGGAGGGGUUCAUUCCAGUAUCCCUCUCCCUUAUGUGUAUGGCCACAGUGCACUCCCGUAUGGUUAAGGGCUUUCUUUUCGGGGUCACUGUACCCAUGUUAGCCCUGCCCUGGCUGUUUCUGUUCAUCAUAACACUUUUGGUCCCACACACUGUGUUCCUUUGUAAUGUCAUCGCCAUCAUCGCAGGGGGGAUCUACGGAAAGGGCUGGCUCUCACUUCUGGACAUGUCCGAUGCCAGGGCAUCAGUGCUGGACAAGAAGAUGCCUUUCAGGCUGCUGAGGAACAUUGGUGUCCUGUAUGUCCCUGCAUCAAUAGAGGCGAGAAGGAAGACGGUCCACCCACCAAUAAUUCCAACCCCAGGCUCCUACCCAGUCCAAGCCUACGCUCCAGUGUCCUCUACCUCCAACCUACAGGCUACCGAGACCACACCAAAGACAUUUGAAGGCUGGGCCCACUCCUACUAUACACAGGGGAGCCCUGUUCAGCUCUCAGGUUAUUACGGACACAACCAUGGAUAUGGCAUCAAGCAUAGCUUUGGGCCAAGUCACGGACAUGGUCACAAACAUGGAUACAGCUGCAGCCACAGCCAAGGUCAUGGACAUAGUCACGAACACAGCUUCGGCCAUGGACUCAGUCAUGAGCAUGCAUCUGCCUCUCAAACCAGCAGUCACUGUGCUCCAGUGGCUCAACAUCCAUAUUCUCAACAUUCCCACCUCAGUCCACUGUCUGUGUCUGUCAGUGCCCCCCAGAGUUUCACAGCAAACAUGCCGGAGUCACUGCCAGAAUCUGUGACGGUUCAUCCAGGAGCACCUGUGUCUUCACUGACAGAUUGAUGACUUCAAUCAGUAACACCAAAACUCGCUAUAGCUCAAUUGAAAUUUAUGGGCAAUGUUAUCGAAGACCGGAAAUUACCUUUACAUUUCAAGUGUGCUAUUCCUUGUAAAAAAUCCUUGUAAAAACGUCAACUCAUGGUAUAACUAAUAACAUAAAAAAAAAAACAUGAUGUCAGUGUGGUUAUAAGCCGCUAUAUCUCUGAACUUCUGCGAUACAGAUUUAAUCGAGCCCAUAGUUGUCAUUCAAUGUGUUUUCUGUCUCAUGUUAUACAUUGAGAUGUAAUAUGCUUGGGCAAGUGGUUUGAGGCAGUACUUGAAGGUCCACUUUUUCUUCACUGAUGUUUUUGGUUUGAAUACACAAGCAGGCUCUGAAUGUUCAAGGUCAAAUCAAUGCAAGAAGGCUUUGAUUGUGAGUUGAUUGUAAGACCUCCUUUUGGCUUGUGUGUUUUGUACUUUGUGUUUUAUUAUUUUAAAGUUAAUUUCUCUACCGUAAGCCGAAUCCGACGUCGUUUUAGAGAAUUUGGCAGUACGUCCAACCGGCCUCACAUCCGCAGACCACGUGUAACCACGCCAGCCCAGGACCUCCACAGCCAGCUUCUUCACCUGCGGGAUUGUCUGACAGCCACCUGAUGAAACUGUGAGUUUGCACAACCAAAUAAUUUCUGCACAAACUGCCAGAAACCAUCCCAGGGAAGGUCAUCUGGUUGCUCGUCAUCCUCACCAGGGUCUUGACCUGACUGCAUUCGGUGUCGUAACUGAACUCAGUGGACAAAUGCUCACCGUCUAUGGCCACUGGCAUGCUGGAGAAGUGUGCUCUUCAUGGUUGAAUCCUGGUUUCAACUGUACCGGGCAGAUUUAUGACUGCAAAAUUAAUUGCCUCUGAGGACAAAGUUUAAGUGUGUGGGUGAGCGGUUUGCUGAUGUGAAGGUUGUGAGCAGAGUGCCUAAUGGUGGCAGUGGGGUUCUGGUAUGGGCAGGCAUAAGCUACGGACAACAAACAGCAAAUUUGCACAGCCGUUGAAGAGGAGUGGGACAACAUUCCACAGGCCACAAUCAACAGCCUGAUCAACUCUGCGAAGGAGAUGCGUCGUGCUGCUUUUGGCAAAUGGUGGUCACACCAGAUACUGACUGGUUAUCUGGUCCACGCACCUACCUUUCUUUUAAGGUAUCUAUGACCAACAGAUGCAUAUCUGUUUUCCCAGUCACGUGAAGUCCAUAGAUUAGGGCCUAAUGAAUUUAUUUCAAAUUACUGAUUUUCUUAUAUGAACUGUAACUCCAGUAAAAUCUUUGAAAUUGUUGCAUUUAUACUUUUGUUCAUUGUACUUAAAUUAAAAUAGCAUCCACUCAGCACUAAAUUAGAUCCAUUACAUGCAGUUUGUUUUGCAAUGGAUCGUUCAAAAUGACUGUCGCUUCAGAGGCAGGUGACAAGUGGGUGAGAUGAUCCAGAGAGUGGGCUACAAGGGCAGAUUAUGAUAUCUUUGAAAAAUGAACUAGUCGUGCACAGGAAAGAGAAGCCAUAAAUGACAACCAAGACUAAAUAAAGCAAAUCAAUGAUCUCCAUUUAUUAUUUCUUUACAAAUGCAUUCUUUAAACUUAUACUGUUCAUAUACAAAUAUAUAUUUUGCAUAUAAAACUGGAUCAAGUGGUAAGAGUCAUGUAACACAUUAUACAAUAUCAGUAAUGCAAGAGAAAAAUGUAAAAAGGCACAUUUCUUAUUUAAAUGACAUGUACCAUGCCAUAUUUGAUUAUGUAUCACUAGAAUAGUUGAGGGGUUUUUCUAUUAAAAGAAACACAAAAUGAUAGACUGCUGAACAUUUGUAUUUAGGCUUUCAACCAUCAGCAUAAUAAAAUAAAACUAGAUAAAGUUCUUACAGAAUUAGUGAUUAUCAGAACACACAUAAAUGACAAUUAAUAGAUGUAUUCAUGUUGACUGCAAGUGCACAUACCAUACAACACAUUUUGCAUUGCCUAAAUGCCGAGGUAGUGUCCAGCUAAACAUAACUAGUAGGUACUAAGCCUUACAGUCGGAGGAUGAGAAAAAAAACACCUGGGCAUUUUUUACAGUAAACCACCAUUUAAUCUAAGACCUUUUCUGUAAUGAACCGAUGAAGAACAAAGCUCAGACUAAACAGUUACUGCAAUUUAAAUGUAUGAAUUGUACAGUACAUGGUACAAUAUGAAUAUGCUACUAGUAUGCAUAUUUGACUAAUCUUGCACUGCUCUCUGUAUUUACACAACCUUCGUGCAUCUGAAUAGGCAGCCAUGUUGAACUUGUAAAUACAUUUAAAGACGGCAAAUAUAGAAUGCUUUCAAUGCCUUAGACAUUUCAGAUAAGUUAAUUGACAAUAUAUAUAUAUAUAUACACUGCUCAAAAAAAUAAAGGGAACACUUA